AUGAAGGGGACACUUCUUCUGCUGACCUUGCUGGUGAUUGGAGAGCUGGGUUUCCAGACAACAGAAGCAUGCCUUCCUUUCUUCACUGCCUAUGGGGGUGUUCUCUCGGGGAGCAAGCUGUGGUUGAACCAUGAGCUUGAUGCAUACAAUGCUACUACCGGGGAAAGGGAGGCCUAUGAAAAAAUCCAGCAAUGCUUCCGUGAAGGAGGACUAAAAGCCAAAUUUCUGGAACCCAAAAUUUUGAAAGCCAUGGUCAUCAGCCCAGAAUGCCUGUCAUACUAUGGUAAUGAAAUUGUAGCCGAAAUUACAGCUCUGUUAAGCAAGUUACAGUUGCGUUAG